ACGUGGAGCCCCACCAUGGAGGACAGCCACGAGCUGGACCUCACCUACAUCAUCGAGCACAUCAUCGCCAUGUCCUUCCCCGCCGGAUGCUCCGAGGAGUCCUACCUGCACAACCUGCAGGAGGUGACAUGCAUGCUGAGGUCCAAGGAUGGGGACAACUACCUGGUGUUAAACCUUUUGGAAAAGAGAUGUGACCUGACAAAGCUUAACCCAAAGAUCCUGGACGUGGGCUGGCCUGAGCUGCACGCGCCACCCCUGGACAAGAUGUGCACCAUUUGUAAGGCGCAGGAGGCCUGGCUGAACAGCGACCCCCAGCACGUGGUCGUCAUUCACUGCAGGGGCGGGAAGGGAUGCAUCGGAGUGGUCAUCUCGUCCUACAUGCACUUCACCAACAUCUCCGCCAGUGCCGACCAGGCCCUCGACAGAUUUGCCAUGAAGAAGUUCUAUGAUGACAAAGUCUCGACUUUGAUGCAGCCUUCCCAGAAACGGUACGUUCAGUUUCUCAGUGGGCUCCUGUCAGGAACGGUGAAGAUGAACGCGUCACCCCUGUUCCUGCAUUUUGUCAUCCUGCAUGGGACCCCGAACUUCGACAUGGGUGGAGCCUGCCGGCCCUUUCUGAAGCUCUACCAGGCCAUGCAGCCGGUGUACACGUCAGGGAUCUACAACGUUGGCCCAGAAAACCAAGGCAGGGUCUGCAUCUCCGUGGAGCCGGCCCAGCUCCUGAAGGGGGACGUCAUGGUGAAGUGCUACCACAAGAGAUACCGCUUGGCCACCGGCGACGUCGUCUUCCACCUGCAGUUCCACAUGGGCACCAUCCAGGGCUACGGCCUCGUGUUUGGAAAGGAGGACCUGGACAAUGCCUGCAAAGGUGAGGCCCCCCCACCAGGUGUGUGCAGACUGGUCAGCAGUCUGUGUCCAGAGAAACAGCCCGGCUCACAGGUGCACAUUUAUCACAGUCACGGGGUGGGGGAUGAGCAGACCCCUUCCAAGAGCCUGGAGCGCCUUUCAUCCCUGACUCACCUCGUUUUCUCCCCACCAGUGCUGCACAUGCAGGGCCCCGUCGAUGGCAGCCUUUACGCCAAGGUGAGAAAGAAGAGCAGCUCGGACCCCGGCGUCCCUGGUGGGCCCCCGGCUGUCCCCGCCACCAGCAGCCCGGACCACAGCGACCACACCCUGUCCAUCAGCAGUGACUCCGGCCACUCCAUGGCCUCAGGGAGGACCGACAGGACCGAGGAGCACCCAGGCCCAGGACCCAAGAGGGGCCUGAGCCCCCAGGAGAAGGCCGAGCUGGACCAGCUGCUCAGCGGCUUUGGCCUUGAGGACCCCGGAAGCCCUCUGCAGGACAUGAGCGAUGGCCACAGCAAGUGCGGUGGGACCCACCACAUGGUGCCGGCCCAGGUGCACGUGAACGGGGAUGCUGCCCCCAAGGACUGGGAGAUGGACAUUCUGGAUGAUGAGAUGCCCGGCCACGACCUGUGCAGCGUGGAGAGCACGGGGACGCUGUCCUCCUCAGAGGGCCACGCGUCCGCCCACUUGGGACCCUUCGCCUGCCACCAGAGCUGCCAGAACUCGCUCCUGUCAGACGGGUUUGGCAGCAACACCGGCAAGGACCAGCACGGAGCCCCUGCCCCCGACCUGGGCCUGGGCGGGGACCCCCUGUAUGAGCGCGAGUGGGCCUUCGGGGGCCGCAAGCCCAGGCCGCCGCAGCCCAUGCUCAGGAAGCCCCACGCGCCUGCCCUGAUGCAGGCCUAUGGGCAGAGCGGCUACUCCACGCAGACCUGGGUGCGCCAGCAGCAGAUGGUGGACGCCCACCAGUAUGGCUUCGCCCCCGACGGGGAGGCCAGGCUCGGCGGCCGCAGCCCGGCACAGACCCAGCCCAGGGUCCCGGUCACCCCGACCCAGGGGGCCAGCAGUCGAGUGGCCAUCCAGAGGGGCGUGGGCCCCGGGCCACAUCCCACCGACACGCAGAGACCCCCUCCCGGCAGAGCGGCCUUCAAGCCCAGGGCUCCGGACGUUAGUGUCGUGAACGGCGCCGUCCCGGAGCUGAGCGCAGACCCCUCCCCGGGCUCCCCAACCCUGGACAUCGACCAGUCCAUCGAGCAGCUGAACAGGCUGAUCUUGGAGCUGGACCCCACCUUUGAGCCCAUCCCCACCCACAUGAGCGUGCCGGGCAGCCCGGCCAAUGGCCCUGUGCCCCCAGAUGGCGUGGGAGGUGGACUGCAGGCCAGCAGCCACCUGCAGGACAUUGGGGGAGGCCCUGGCAGGGGCCCCGUGAGACAAGGAAGUCCCUCAUCUCCUCCCCUUCCAGGAAGGUUCCAGAAGCUGAGCAUUGGGCAGUAUGACAAUAACACCGGGGGGCCCCCAGCCUUCUCCAAGUCCAAGUGCGGCUGGGGGAAGCCCACCAGUGUGGAACAGGCCCCAAGCCUGGUGUUCUUUCUCUCUCCAGCCAGCACCAAGGAGACGGCGAUCCCCGUGUACCCCCAGGACCUGGACAGGGUCGACGGCAGGGUCUUCUCGCCCACUGGCAGUGGCAGUGAGACCCUGCCCCUCACGCCUGCGUUCCCCAUGUCUCCGGAGACGCCGUACAUGACGACCCCCCGUUACCCUCCAUUCAGCCCCCCAGGGCCCCCGAUGGGUGGCAGCAGCCUGUACAGAGGAGCUCAGGAGCACCGCCACGUGCCUGGGUCGCACCGCAGCAGCCUGGACAGCAAGGGCAGCACUGGCCAUGGGGUGGAGGGGUGCAGGGGCUGCCCUGAGAUUCUCGGUCACUCCGUGGGGAUGUCACAGAGCCCGGCUGGACCCACGCCUGUGGUGUUCUGGGCCGACGUGCCCACGGCGCCCUCCUUGCAGCGGGCCUUCAUGUCCUCCUGCACGGUGUCCGGCGGCAGCCCUGGCCAGCGGAGUGAGAGCAGCCCUCCCGCUGAGCACCCGUGGGCGGAGAACAGCCCCAAAUCCUCGCUGGCCCUGCUGGGGAGUGGCCGGCCGGCAGGCAGCCUCCUGGGCACCAGCAAGUUCCCAGGGCCCGGCCAGGACGGCUCCGGGAGGCCCCAAUUCCUGCCCGCCGAGCUCCAGAUGCCCUUCCAUGGCCACCAGCUGUCCCUGACGGAUCCCCCGGAAGCACUAGGGCCGCCGAGCGGCCAGGCCUUCCUGAGCUUCUGCUCGGCCCCCGGGGGAGCUGGCCUUCCUCCCGGGGACGUGGGGGCCUUGCUGACCAGUUCCCACGGAGCAUCCCCGGCCCUCGGCCCCCCGCGGGCUACCGUGGAGCCUGCCGACGACGGCUUCCUGUCUCACGGCUUUCUCACGGUGGCGCCAGGACACAGCGGCCACCACAGCCCGGUCCUGCAGGGCCCGGGGCUGACCCUGCCAGGGCAGCCACCCCUUCCCGAGAAGAAGCGGGCCUAGGAGGGGGACCGGUCCUUCGGCUCGGCCUCCCCAUCCUCCAGCGGCUUCUCCAGCCCUCACAGCGGGAGAACCAUGAGCAUUCCUUUCCCAAACGUCCUCCCGGACUUUUCCAGGGCCUCAGAGGCGGCCACGCUGUCCCCAGAUAAUCCAGGUGAGAAGCAGGUGACCGUGAACUUUGUCCAAGACACAUCCAAGUUCUGGUACAAGGCGGAUAUCUCCAGAGAGCAAGCCAUCGCCAUGCUGAAGGACAAGGAGCCCGGGGCCUUCAUCGUCAGGGACAGCCACUCCUUCCGGGGCGCCUACGGGCUGGCCAUGAAGGUGGCCAUGCCACCGCCCUCCGUCCUGCAGCUGAACAAGAAAGCUGGAGACUUGGCCAACGAACUGGUCCGGCAUUUCUUGAUCGAGUGCACCCCGAAGGGAGUGCAGUUGAAAGGAUGCCCCAAUGAGCUGUAUUUCGGGAGCCUGACGGACUUGGUGUGCCAGCAUUCCAUCACGCCCCUGGCUCUGCCCUGCAAACUGCUCAUUCCAGACAGAGAUCCAUUGGAGGAAAUAGCAGAAAGCUCUCCCCAGACCGCGGCCAACUCCGCGACGGAGCUGCUGAAGCAGGGGGCAGCCUGCAACGUGUGGUACCUGAACUCCGUGGAGGUGGAGUCCCUCACCGGACACCGGGCCAUUCAGAAGGCCCUGAGCAUCACCCUGGUCCAGGAGCCGCCCCCCUUGUGCACGGUCGUGCACUUCAAGGUGUCGGCCCAGGGCAUCAUGCUGACGGACAACCAGAGGAAGCUCUUCUUCCAAAGGCACUACCCCGUGAGCAGCGUGAUCUUCUGCGUGCUGGACCCCCAGGACAGGAAGUGGAUCACAGAUGGCCCCUCCUCAAGGGUCUUCGGUUUUGUGGCCCGGAAGCAGGGCAGCACCACGGACAACGUGUGCCACCUGUUCGCAGAGCAUGACCCUGAGCAGCCUGCCUGUGCCAUCGUCAACUUCGUGUCCAAGAUCAUGAUCUGCUCCCCGAGGAAGAUCUGAGCCUCUCACCGGAAGACCCCAGAGGGGCCGGCUGUGCCCCCGACCUCCCCAGCCCAGGAGGGAAGGGGCCCCUCCAACUUACACACCAGAACAAGCCACCCCACGGCCCAGUGGCCUUCCCAGAAAGACACGUUUCUGCCACCCAGGGCCCCAGCGGAGGAAGACGGGUGCCGGAUGGGCUCCCAAAAUUGCAUUCUUACGUCUACGAGGGGAGGGGAGCCCAGCCCACUUGGCAGUGGCCCGAGUGGCCGCUGUGCCUCAGGAUAGCCAUUUCGGGGGGCUUCUGUCCAGCGGACACCCUGAUGCCUCUGUCCUCUGGCGAUCACCACGGAGAGGCUGAUUGGUGGGCCUGAAAAGGGGUGCAUGCCUAAUGGAGGUUCGUGCAGGUCAGGCCCUCCGGAUCACUGGGGCAUGAACAAGGGGUCGGUGUGAUGGGCAGUGAGGCCAGGAGGUCCCUGGGUCCCCGUGGAGGGACUGCCUCCAGCUCUGAAUGGCACACUUGGCCGUGAGGGGAACGCCAUUUCCAUAAAAGUUACGUUUUACUUCUGCCAAAUUAUUUAUGGGAACACUUUGCCAGUGCUGUGCAGUACUGGGGUCCAGUUACUGCCACCUCCCCAGCUGGGUUCUCGGCGGAGCGUCUGCC